AUGUAUCUGAACAGGGAAGAGGACAAUAGCAAAGGCUCAGUGUCCCUCAGUGUGUUCCUGGUCUCCCUCGCAGUGACAGUGUGUGCUGUUUGGCUGGUGGCUCUUUGUGGCGUCUGUGGUUGGUGUCAACGCAAGCUGGGGAAGAGGAAUAAGCCAGGAGUGGAAACAGCAGACACUCCAGACUCGGCACGUGGGCGAGGGGAGAAGAAAGCCAUCAAUGAUCUAGACAGAGACUUUUGGAAUAACAAUGACAGCAGCACAGUGCAGCAGAGGUGGAGCUCCUAUCCACCCAAGGAGUUCGUACUUAACAUUUCUCCCUAUGCCCCAUAUGGAGAUCACCGCCUCACACUCAAUGGGGCAGUGUCAGGGGGUCAGAAGGGGGCAGCCACUGGGCAUGGGGAUGAUGGGGGGGGUCCUAAUCGCAGUGACAGCGUGAAGAGCAUGGUGACAGAGGGAGUGAAGGCCGGGAGGUGGCAGACCGUCCAGGGACACAUGCACUCCGGAGGACUGAGACCCAGCGACUUUGGGGAUCCAGUCUUAUCCUAUGCGUCUACUCUGGAGCACAUCCCCACCCGGCCUCGGACGCUGCUACGCCAGCAGAGCCUUCAGCAGCCUCUCAUCCAUCCACCGGGCCCUGUCCUGGGCCAUCCGCCCACCACAUCACAGAGCUUGGGACAAUUACACACUGCACCAGGACAGCCAGGGGGUGGUACAAGAGGCGGUCCCCGGGGGGCACGGGGCAGCCCAGCAGGAGCAGGGGCGUCUCGCUAUAGGGGAGGUGGAGCAGGAGGGCGCUCACGUGCCAAUCCUGGCAGCUGGGAUUACAUGAUGGACCAGAUCAAGAAUCGAGGCCUGGACGUCAAAUCCUUCAUUGAGGGGAAGAUGGUGGUCCUGGCUUUGGCCAUAGGUGUGUCCGAGCAAGAUGACUUUGCCAAUAUCCCUGACCUGCAGGAAACAGCGCAGGCAGCACCGCUACCGGCACCAGCGGCCAAUCAGGAGCCACCUCCUGAGAAGAGGGGCAACAAGCCAGCUAACAGCCCCAAGGGCCAGCCUCCUGAUGCUGACGGCCACUCCUCUGUGACUGACCUUGCCAACUCUCUCACUGGAGACAUGGUGAUGCUGUCUCCGGGUUCAGAGGAUGACGACGGUGAAGGGCCCAUCAGUGAGAAGCUUGGUCGGAUCCAGUUCAGUAUAGGCUACAGCUUCCAGAACACAACCCUCACCGUCAAGGUUCUCCGUGGCCAAGAGCUCCCGGCCAAGGACUUCUCUGGCACCUCAGACCCCUUCGUCAAAAUCUACUUGCUGCCUGACAAGAAGCACAAGCUGGAGACGAAGGUCAAGAGGAAGAACCUCAACCCCCACUGGAAUGAAACCUUCUUGUUUGAGGGCUUCCCGUAUGAGAAGGUGAGAGAGCGCACUCUCUACCUUCAGGUGCUGGACUACGACCGCUUCAGCAGGAAUGACCCCAUUGGAGAGGUGUCAAUCCCCCUUAACAAGGUGGAACUGGGCCAGAUAAAGACCUUCUGGAAGGAGCUCAAGCCCUGCAGUGAUGGCAGUGGAAGACGAGGAGACCUGCUGCUGUCUCUCUGCUAUAAUCCCACAGCCAACACCAUCACUGUGAACAUCAUUAAAGCGCGCAAUCUCAAAGCCAUGGAUAUCGGGGGCACCUCAGAUCCAUAUGUGAAGGUGUGGCUGAUGCACAAGGACAAGCGCGUAGAGAAGAAGAAGACGGUGACGAUGAAGCGCUGUCUGAACCCCAUCUUCAACGAGUCCUUCCCCUUUGAAGUGCCUGCCCAUGUGCUGAGGGAGACCACCAUCAUCAUCACCGUCAUGGACAAGGACAGGCUCAGCCGCAACGACGUUAUCGGAAAGAUCUACCUAUCAUGGAAGAGCGGGCCAGGGGAGGUGAAGCACUGGAAAGACAUGCUCGCUCGGCCGCGUACUAACGUGGCCCAGUGGCACGCUCUCAAGGCCUGA